UUCUUCUUGUCUUUAGAGGGACCAUACUUUGAAGCCAUAGUUGGAGUUGUCAUUGCUGUGGUGGUUCUUGUCCUGCUCCUCCUCCUGGCCGUCAUUCUGCGAUACAUGUACAAGCACAAGGGCACAUAUCAUACCAAUGAAGCCAAGGGCACAGAGUUCGCAGAGACAGCAGACGCUGCUCUGCGUGGAGACCCUGCCCUGCAGGACGCCAUGGACGAGAGCAAGAAAGAGUAUUUCAUAUGAGACACAAUAGCUGGCCCUUUAUACACGUCAUAUAAUAAACUCCUACAGGCUCACAUGAUGCCUCAAUCCUGUUUGCUGGAGCAGUGAAGUAACCGACUGAGCUCCCCGCAAACAGAAACUAACAAGAA